CACAAAAACACCAAUUAAUCUCCAUUUCCAUUUCCAUCAUUUCCAUUUCCUCUGAAUCAAGCAAUAUCCACAUGCACCCUAUACAUACACUAUACAUACAAUCACUUCUCUUUAUUUACUCCCCUUACCAAAACCACCAUUAAUCUUGCAACAAAAUCCAGCUUUAUUAAUCAAUUACUGUGCAGCAUAGUUAAUUCGGGGAAAGAAAUGGGGAAUUGUUUGGGCACUAGGAAGAAAUCGCCGGCGGAGAUCGCGCCGUCGGAGCUAAUAAAGCCAGCGCCGGUGAUAUCUCCGCCGGCGCCGGUGAUUAAGCUGUACGGACACCCGGACAGCUUCACGACCUCCCACAUACGAUUAGCCCUCUCGUACAAGCCGGUGACGCUCCAAUUCGUUCCCUCCGACGCCCAAGCAAACCCUACGAUUAUGUACAAAUCCGACGUCGUGACGGGAUCGGUGGAGGAGAUUCUCCGGUACCUGGACGAGAAGUUCCCGGACUCUCCGGUGGUGGUGACGAACAAUGUGUGGGGGUGGUGCGGGGCGAAGACGCCGGCGGUGGUGUGGGUGGUGAUGCUGCAGCACAGGAGCAUGAACUGGCAUAUGGAGAGGAUGGUGAAGUGGGCGGAGGACAUGGGGGCGCGUGGGGGGAACGCGAGUGGGGAUCCGUCGAUGGGCAGCCCUAGGAUGGAGGUGAAGAAGUUUGCCAAGAGCUACUCGCACCUGCACCAGCUGUUGCUCGAGCACGCGCAGAUGGAGGAGAUGGUCAUGUUUCAGAUCCUUGAAUCCGCCGAUCGAGGGCUGUGCAAAUCUGCGAAUGAGGAUCACGCAAGAGACCUGCCUAUAAUGAAUGGUGUAAAAGAGGAGAUUAAGAUAAUAGGAGUUAUGAAUGUUGGAAGCCCCGACUACCAAGAUGCCCUCACUCGCCUUUUGUCCCGCCUCUACAAAUUAAAGGACAACUGCAAGCAACACUUUGAAGAGGAGGAACAUGAGCUGCUGCCACUAAUGGAGGCUACGGAGCUGAAUAAGCUGCAGCAAGAGAGAGUGCUGCAACAAUCCUUGGAUGCAAUGCGUGAGACGCACUCUCACCUGUUCCGUUUCUUUAUGGAAGGGCUGUGCCCUCAAGAUGGCAUGCACUACUUUGGCUUGAUCAAGAGAUACUGCGACAAUGCUCGAGUAUCGCUUAUGCUGCACAUGAUGGUUGAUUAGUGGAGUUGCUAAUGCUAUUCUCCCAAUUCUUACAAAAAGGUGUACUAUUUCUCAACAAUACAAAGUUGAGAUUGUGUUAUUAGUCAUUCUAAUUUGCUGUCCAAAUCAUGCUUUUCAAUAUUAAGCAGCUUAAUAUUGAAAAGCAUAAUUUGGACCUGCCACCAAAAUCUGUUUGUACAUCCCCUAAAUUAUUUCUCCAAAACUGUUGUAAUAAGAAAGUUAUGGCGAUUCACAA